CAUACCAGUCGGAGCUCCCUCGCCUUUCUGGCCUCUGCUUCCUUCACAUCCUCAUUGCCCAUCAUGCCCCGCGCAGUCCGAGGUUUGUUGAUAGAGUGCGAUCCCUCCAUCAAGGCCAUGAUCCUGAAGUACGAUGAAGAGCGACACGAUUACAUAGUGGAGGAUUUGGAUGAUGAGAACCAUUUGGUCAUCAAAGAGAGCCAGCUGGAGAACCUCAAGGUUCGCCUGGAUCAGGACCUUGAUGAGAAGAUCAUGCAGCUGGAUGAAUCCGAAUCCGAAUGAUUGAAUACUUCACAAGGUAUAUCGACGAAAUCCCACUCGAGCACUACCAUGGCGCUCCAUGCCAAAUGACUCGGUCCACACUGUUUCGAUGACUUGUGCCUAGCGAGACACUAUCCUAGGAGCAAAACACCAUCCACCUUUCCACACGUACUCCGCUCUGUUGCCGUCUACUGCUUCUCGCACAAAUCGCGUCAUAUGG